AUGUCACAGCUAUUUGCCUCGACCUGUGCCCUCACAUGGCUCUUGUCGUCAAUGCCGCUGGCUUCGGCCAACUGGCGGUACAAAUCAAGGCCAGACCUGGCACCUCCAACUCUCAACAUCACUAUCCCAGCAACAAGCGAAGUGGAGAAGGGAUAUCUAUUCAUGGCACCAUUCUCGGGAUAUGCUGAAGGCACUCGUCAUGGGCCCUUACAAGCAGCACCUUAUAUCUUUACCGAUACGGGAGAUCUUGUAUGGUCCGGCUUCACUUACUUUUCGAUCUGGGCGACAAACUUCCAAGCCGCGAAAUACAAGGGGCGAGACGUACUUUUCUGCUUCGAAGGUAGCCACAACGCGGCCUAUGGUCACGGACACGGACAUACGACCUUCUUGGAUCAGAACUAUGAGACUAUCCGAGAGCUUCGAGCUGGCAACCACCGCUUGACAGACAAACACGAGUUCCACAUCAUCAACGAAGAGACUGCUUUAAUUCAAAUCUACCAUCCCGUACCCUACGACCUGAGUCCAUAUGGUGGCGGCGAGCAGCAACAAUGGAUCGUCGACGCUAGAUUUCAAGAACUCGAUAUCGAGACUGGUGAAGUACUAUUCGAAUGGAGUAGUUUGGAUCACGUUGAUCCGUCAGAGGGUUACCUUCCCUUGAAUCCUGGACAGGCCGGUGCCGGUUACAACAGCUCUGACGCCUGGGACUACUUCCACAUCAACUCGGUCGAUAAAGACGAUGAAGGAAACUACCUGAUCUCGGCUCGAGACGCCAAUGCUGCGUACAAGAUCAAUGGCACCACGGGAGAAAUUAUCUGGCAACUCUCCGGCAAGUCAUCCAGCUUCAAGAUGGGCGAUGAAGUCGAGUUCGCCUUCCAACAUCAUGCUCGCUUCCAGGGUCGAAACGAAGACGGCACGAAAGAGAUCAUCAGUAUCUACGACAACUCGGCACACGGUACAGAGAACGGAGGCGGUCACGAGGUCCACUUCUACCACAUUUCCCGUGGCAAAAUCAUCGAAGUGGACACCAAAUCCUGGGAGGCGACUAUCGUGCAGGCCUUCCACCCCCCGGACGAUCUGCUGUCCAAAUCACAGGGUUCUACUCAGGUGCUGCCAAACGGGAACGUCCUGGUCAACUGGGGCUCUGAAGGUGCGAUGACGGAGUUCAAGGCCGACGGCACACCGAUCUUCCACACCUACAUGGACUCUGGCUUCCUGGGUCUCGGUGUCGAGAACUAUCGAGGAUUCCGCUACAACUGGACCGGUAUUCCUAACGAAGCACCGGCCAUUGUUGCUCUCGAAGACGGCAAUUCUACCAACAUCUACGUCUCCUGGAAUGGUGAUACACGCACCAAAGUGUGGCGCUUCUAUGAAGUCAAGGAUGAGCGUCGUUCGUACUUGGGUGAAUCCAGACGCGAGAGUUUCGAGACCGAGCUGAAACUCGAUCGUGCCAAUGUGAAGAGCGUACAAGCCGAAGCACUGGAUGCCGAAGGUAGUGUGCUUGUUGACACGUCAAAGGUGAAGCCAGAAAUAAUGAUCCACGAGUACAAGGGACAGGGCAGAAAGACACAAGAGAAAUCCGGUCUCAUUCCAUGGCUCACGUUCAAAGGCCAGAAGUUUUUCAGAAGUAAGGAUCUUUGA